CGCCGGAGAGCCCUCGGCGCCCGGGAGCCAGUCCCCGCGGCCCGCUACACUGCCGCCCCGACGUGCGACCCCUGCGGGGGCUGCUGCCUUGAGACCAUGAAGAAGGAGGUGUGCUCCGCGGCCUUUCUCAAGGCAGUGUUCGCAGAGUUCCUGGCCACCCUCAUCCUCGUCUUCUUCGGCCUCGGCUCGGCCCUCAAGUGGCCGUCGGCGCUGCCCACCAUCCUGCAGAUCUCGCUGGCCUUCGGCCUGGCCAUAGGCACCAUGGCCCAGGCCCUGGGGCCCGUGAGCGGUGGCCACAUGAACCCCGCCAUCACGCUGGCCCUCCUACUGGGCAACCAGAUCUCCCUGCUCCGGGCAGCCUUCUACAUGGUGGCCCAGCUGGUGGGCGCCAUUGCCGGGGCUGGCAUCCUCUAUGGGGUGGCACCACGCGAUGCCCGAGGCAAUCUGGCCGUCAACGCGCUCAACAACAACACAACUCCGGGCCAGGCCGUUGUGGUGGAAAUGAUUCUGACCUUCCAGCUGGCGCUCUGUAUCUUCUCCUCCACCGACUGCCGCCGCAUCAGCCCUGUGGGCUCCCCAGCCCUGUCUAUUGGCUUGUCCGUCACACUGGGCCACCUAGUGGGGAUCUACUUCACCGGCUGCUCCAUGAACCCGGCCCGCUCUCUGGGCCCCGCAGUGAUCAUGAAGCAGUUCAGCCCCUCGCACUGGGUGUUCUGGGUGGGGCCCAUCAUGGGGGCUGCUUUGGCUGCUAUCCUCUACUUCUACCUGUUCUCCCCCAACUCCCUGAGGCUAAGUGAGCGUGUGGCCAUCAUCAAGGGCGCGUCUGAGCCCGAGGAGGAUGGAGAGGAGCGGAGGAAGACCAUGGAGCUGACUGCCCAGUGACCAGCAUCACGCAGGGGCCAGCCUCUCAGCCCCUGAACCGCAGGGGGAAAAAAGAGAAAUACACGAUGGCAAAGCUGCCUUCCCCCGCAGCUGGGGAGGAGGUGCUGGCUCCCCAGGCUGAACGGUUAGAGUUGGAGCAGGAACACAG